CUUAGUAAUUCAUUCAAUAGUAUUUUCUAGUUAGAAUUAGAAGUGUUUAAAGUGUAUUCAUUGCAUGUAAAAUAUAUCGGCAUGCGAUGACGUCACAUCCGGUUUCGCCGCGUCUUGUGGGAAAACACCGGUUUGAAAUUAGCGCGAGGGUGGGGGCUUUCCACGAGGCUCACCUGAGCACAAGCAGUUUUGCAGGCAUGAGAAAUCACAGUGAGAGCAACGCUUUUUCACCAUAUGUUAAUGUGAAGAGUGAACAGUAAAUGGUUAAUCUUACUGCGAUCUGGUUCUUAUUAACUGUGGUUUAUCCGGACGUUAAAUUCGGCGUUUCGUUACACCCGAAGGAGAACGUGACAGUGAAAAAGCGGCAUUAUCAGGUGUUUCAAGUGCUGCAAUGUCAGCUCAAUCCAGCAUCAAGUCGACGCCGCCCAGCGACAAGGGCAGUAAACCGACAUCAAGUAAGCCCACCCAGGCGUUAUCAGGUGUUCCAAGUGCUGCAAUGUCAGCUCGAUCCGGGAUCAAGUCGAUGGCGCCCAGCGACAAGGGCAGUAGAACGACAUCAAGUAAGUCCACACAGGCAAGAGCCAAGGCAGAAGCCGCCAAGGUGCGACUGCAUUACGCCAAACAAGAGGCAGUUUUGAAAAUGAAACUGGCCACCAAAGAAGCCGAAAGGGCCGCCAGACAAAGAGAAGAGGCUGCCAGAGAAGCCGAAAUCCAGAAAGAAAGGGCCGCCAGAGAAGCCGAAGAGGCCGAAACCCAGUUGGAAAUGACAAAAAUAUCGACAGAGUUGCAUGUGCUGCAGCUAGAAGGAGAAGGAGAAGCUGCCAGGGUGGAAGCAAAGUACAUAGAACAAGCUGAAGGGUCGCGUGAUCUGACCGAAGUAAGAUCUACUUUAGAAAGGACCAGACUGGAACGCACAAGCGACUAUGUACAAUAUCAAAUAGACAGGCAGGCUCGUCUCCCCUCUCCAUACGUAUUCGAUAACUUCCCCAGCUACGAGGAACCUCAGAGAGUCACGAUUGCAUCACAUCCAUACGAGGAAGGAAAUUUACCCUCACGGCUCCGUGAUGAAGUCAAGAAUGAAAGAACCGACAACGCUCCUUCACCCCCACAACAGGACGGCGGGGAGGGAGAGGUUCACUCCAGGACAACAAUUGUCAGCUCGAACUGUACAGAAGUUUGCGGUCAAACUCAGUCAAGCCGUUCUUGUUCCGAGAUCUGCCUCACUGAGGUGUACCCUAAAGAAGCACAACAAGACAUUACCAAGCGUAAAGUAACCGACGAGACGCUAGGUCAGUCAGUUUUCGUUCAAACCGAGCACGGAAACAAACUUGCACAAUCAGCUCAAGAUACCAUUUCUUUAAAACCCAAAGACACCAAGGUCUUCAGAGAUGAAGCAAAUAAUGGGGUUGCCCCAUUGCCAAUCAGAGAACCACGCCAGCGCUCACCAGAUAACAAAGAGCAGGCAGUCAAACGGUUCACGUCCUUACGGAAAACCUGGAAAAGGAAACCUGAGAUACAGCAACGCACCCGAUUGGCCCACGAGGUACUGUGCACCCUAAUGGCAGAGGUCACAGCCAUUAUAAACGCACAAUCAUUCCUACCUGUGUCUUCUGACCCAGAAAACCCCUUUAUACUUUCGCCAUCAACGCUCCUUACGCAGAAGGCAGGAGCACCUCCGCCACCAGGAGACUUUUCAGACAAGGAUUUGUACACAAAGCAAUGGAGACAAGUCCAGGCUCUGGCAAAUCAGUUCUGGCCUCGCUGGAGACAAAAAUAUCUACCUUUGUUGCAACAGAGACAAAAGUGGACAGAACCCCGCAGGAAUCUUCAAGUUGAAGACUUAGUCCUGCUCAGGGACAAGCAAGCCGCUCGCAACAGCUGGCCAACGGCCAGAAUCACUGCUACAUUCCCUAUCGAGGAUGGACAUGUCAGGAAGAUCGAAUUGAAGACUACCGACCAAGGCGAUGUGAAAAUUUACCAAAGGCCAGUUACAGAAGUUAUUCUACUUCUACCCAAUGACUGAUUAAGAGACUAAGUUUUGUACUCUGCUCAUUGUGACCUUACGAAGGUCAAGCGGGGAGUGUGCUGUCUUUACGACAGUUAUUUAGUUUAUAAUAUUUUCGCUUAGUAAUUCAUUCAAUAGUAUUUUCUAGUUAGAAUUAGAAGUGUUUAAAGUGUAUUCAUUGCAUGUAAAAUAUAUCGGCAUGCGAUGACGUCACAUCCGGUUUCGCCGUGUCUUGUGGGAAAACACCGGUUUGAAAUUAGCGCGAGGGUGGGGGCUUUCCACGAGGCUCACCUGAGCACAAGCAGUUUUGCAGGCAUGAGAAAUCACAGUGAGAGCAACGCUGUAAGUUAAUAGAUAAUCGAUAUAUUGAACUAAGAUGUUAAUGCUGAUCCUGUUAGAGGUAACGACGGUAGAUAAUGUUUAUGCUUUCGUUAGUUAAAGAGUCGCGGAUAGUUUGCAUGGAAGUGUAUUUAAAGUAGUCAAUGGAGCAGGUAAACUCUCCCUGUAUACUGCACCUUAGUGUAAUGUAGUUAUAGUCACCUUUGCAAGUAUUUACACUUGAAAUGUGAUAUUAAGGAAGGAACAAAUACUGUAUCAAUCUUGUAUUGUUUUAUCAACAGUUUUCACCAUAUGUUAAUGUGAAGAGUGAACAGUAAAUGGUUAAUCUUACUGCGAUCUGGUUCUUAUUAACUGUGGUUUAUCCGGACGUUAAAUUCGGCGUUUCGUUACA